AAGCCACUUCCAGGAGCAGUGACGUUUGACGGUUGGCAACAGAAAUCACAAUCAUUAAAACUCGUCUGCCAUGUUGCCCUGAUCGUCAUCGUCUUGAGUGGAAAAUGAAAUGAAUGAAACUUAAGUUUUCCAAUAGUUUUUACGUAAAUUUUUAGCAGGCUAUUGGCUUUGAUAUUGUGACAAGCCAUGUCUUUGAAGCCCAAAACAGUUGAUUUUAACCAAACAUGGGAUACUCUUCAAGAAACUGUAAGAGGAGUGGUAACAUUAGGAAAUGUUCCUCGGGCUAUUUGGAAUGACCGGUUCAGCGAUGUCUAUUCGCUGUGUGUGUCAUUCCCUGAACCACUAGCAGAUCGACUCUACUUGGAAACUAAAAGUUUUCUUGAGAACCAUGUGAGAGGACUUCUUGAGUUAGUCCGUUCAAAGGGAGAGACUAGUUUGCUUCAAGCCUACCAUGCAUCAUGGGUUGAAUACAGCCAAGGCAUCAUUUACCUUCACCGUCUCUACUUAUACCUUAAUACACAACACAUUAGAGGCCAGAAGCUCUCAGAGGCUGAAAUAAUUUAUGGAAAUGUUACUCCCAAUGCUGAGGAACAAAUGGAAAUAGGAGAAUUGGGUUUAGAAGUAUGGAAACGUGAAAUGAUAAAGCCUCUUCAAGCUAACCUUGUUAGUCAUAUUCUGGAAGGAAUUCAACAAGAUAGAUUAGGGAACCCUUCUCACCAUCUCACUGAUGUCAUCCGUGGUGUCAUAAUGUCAUUUGUAAGCGUUGAAGAGUACCGCAAGUCCCAAAACCCUGAACUCUACCAGGAAAUAUUUGAGGCUCCAUUUUUAAAAGCAAGUGGGGAGUUUUACAAGAGAGAGGCAAGCAAGCUAUUACAGGAAUGUGAUGUGUCCCAAUAUAUGGAAAAAGUGACACAGCGUCUGGAAGAAGAAAGACUUCGUAGUCAAAGAUUUGUCCAUGUUUCAACACAUCCUAAAGUGAAAGCAAAGUGUGAGCAGCAUAUGGUGGCUGAUCAUCUUGGACUUCUUCAAAGUGAAUGCCACUCAAUGGUUGUGCAAGAACGUGAAAGAGAUCUGGCUCUUUUAUAUCCUCUCCUCCGCUCAGUUCAAGGAGGAAUUAGCGUGCUCAUUAGCGAAGUAAUGGAACACAUCAAACAGAAAGGCACAGAAGCUAUUGCUGGAAUACGUGGUGACAAUUACCAUGUCCUGUUCAUUGAAAGCCUGCUAGCUGUCCAUAACAAAUACCGGACAUUAAUUUUGAAUGUAUUCCAUGGUGACUUAUCAUUUAUUGGAGCUCUGGACAAAGCAUGCAUCUCUGUUGUGAACACUCGGCCUAACCCAAAAACACCUUGCCGGUCACCUGAGCUGUUGGCAAAGUACUGUGAUUGUUUACUGAAGAAGUCUUCCAAAGGCAUAUCAGAUACUGAGAUUGAUGAAAAGCUCUUUCAGUCCAUCACUAUUUUUAAGUACAUAGAUGACAAAGACGCGUUUCAGAAAUUCUACUCAAGGAUGUUAGCAAAGAGGCUUAUACAUCAACAGAGCCAGAGCAUGGAUGCAGAAGAAGCCAUGAUUGACAGACUUAAGCAAGCAUGUGGCUAUGAGUUUACCAACAAACUCCAUCGCAUGUUUACGGACAUUUCUUUGUCAACUGAUUUAAAUGUCAAAUUUAAUGCUCACCUCAAGGCUGAAAGCAUUGACUUAGGAAUCAACUUCUCGAUUUAUGUAUUACAGGCGGGUGCUUGGCCUCUAAACCUCACAUCACUUUCCACUUUCUCUGUACCUCAAGAGCUGGAAAAAUCUGUUCAAACGUUUGAAACUUUUUACCACAAAAACUUUAAUGGACGGAAACUAACAUGGUUCCAUCAUCUAUGUCAAGGUGACUUAAAGCUUGGUUAUUUGAAGAAGCCAUAUAUAAUAACUAUGCAGACAUUUCAAAUGGCUAUCAUGCUCCUAUUUGAAGAUACCAACGAAAUGGCAUGCAGUGAAGUUGAGCAAGCCCUAAAAUUGAGUCAGGAUGUUAUUCUAAAACAUAUUGCAAGUCUUAUCGAUUGCAAGCUCUUGCUUUCACCUGAUCCAUCAGAGAAUCUGACCUCUGAGAGUAUUCUAAAACUAAAUAUGGAUUAUAGUAAUAAACGCACAAAGUUAAGGAUCACUGCUGCUAUGGUUAGAGACUCCCCUCAGGAAGUGGAACAUACCAUGAAUGCAAUCAACGAAGACCGAAAACUAUAUCUUCAGGCAGCUAUUGUAAGGAUAAUGAAAUCUCGACGGGUUUUGAGGCACAAUGCGCUAAUACAAGAGGUGCUAGGACAAUCCAAAGUUACAUUUGCUCCUUCAAUCAGCAUGAUAAAGAAAUGCAUUGAAUCUCUCAUUGACAAACAAUACCUCGAAAGGACACCCAACUCACCUGAUGAAUACAUGUAUAUUGCUUGAGAGAAUAUUUAUUUGUUUGCUUGUAGAACAGGGUGUAAGCCAAUGACAAAAGAGCAAGAUAAUGUGAUGUGUGAAUCAUUAAUUUUUGUGUGUGUGGAACACACACUCAACAUUGACUUUUGACUGUCACUGACAAAUUUGCUGAUGUUUUUCCUGGAUUUUGUGUUUAUAAGGUGUGAUGAUUAACCAAGCUUUAGCUGGAGACAAAUGUUAUGUAUUUCUCAUGUUUAAGUAGUUUUCUGGGUCUACCUUCAUCAACAAUGAAGUUUGACUUUCAUGAACCACUUCUGUUUGUCAAAUAGCUGUGCCAUGGAGUUCAUAUUUUCUCAUUUGUAUCAUACUUUUUUUCACAAGGGGCAUGCCGUAUUUGUACCCCUCCACUUCUUGGUCCAAAAUGGAUGAUAGAUCAAAUUACUUCACAUAUAAUUAAUUUAUGAAAGCUAGUAAAGUUAUGCCCAGGCUGUGAAAAGCGCAUGUGUUCAAAAACAAAUUGAAGCAGCAUUUAAUUGUUGCUCAUACAUGGACUACCAUACUUCUUCUCAUAACACUUGUCUACCUCAUUGCCUGAGGCUUUGCUGAGCUGACAAAUGAUUAUGAUAUUUGUAUUUUAUUUCUGAAAGUCUGAGUGUGUUGUCAUUUCUAGGCACUCUUUGCAAUUCUGGAUGUGAGCCUCUUAAGUGCAACUUUGUAUUGCUAUUUUUAAGGAAGUAACCCGGAUAAAGUUAAGUUUGUGCAACAGUUCAUAAUUUGAAUGAGAUGUAAGCAAUCCUUCGUAUUCAUAUUGGUAUAUUAUGUAAUUUUUUAUGAAUAAUAAUUUUUAUCCGGUGUUGUUUUGUGAUAAGCAUGAUGAUGAAAUUUCUGCUAAAUUGUUUUGUGGCAAUUUAAUCAUGUUUGUUUGAAAAGGCAGAUAAAGUUGUGUUUAUCUAUAA